UGCCUCAAGUCCGACGACAGCGCUGUCUGCUCGGCUGGUGGAGGAAGAGGAGGACACGCAACCAGGAGCCCCCAACACCAGCACAUUGAAUUCCGCGAUUUUUUCAAAAGAACAGUAUCCUCGGCGUAUGCGGCCGCUUUUUGUGGAGUGCGCAGUCGAUGAGUUUCUGAGAGACUUGUAAGUGGAGUAUGACUCUGGAGUGAGCAACCAGGGGGUGCCUCCUGCGUCCUUUAACCAGAACAACGCUGGGGAAGUGAACCGAUUCUGCGGGUCUGCUCGAUUCCGUUCCUUCCUCCGGGAGAAUGGAUGCGCGCAUGGGGCUGGGAAACUAAUGCCCGUGAGUUGGGAUCGACCCUGAGUCAUGGAACUAAUGGUUCUGUCUGCAGGAACGCGUAGUAUCGACGAGGCAGAGGCGCACACUACUGCACGAAAAGCACACAUUUUUUCGAUUACCUUUUAAACCAUCGGGAGCAUGCAUCGGAACCACGGUGGUCUUUGUGUCGCCCAGUGCCCGGUUUCGGGGGGCCUCCUCUAAAAGGGUGUCGGUUCCUGGAGCUUUUGGGUGCCGACCUAAACACAUAUUUUAUUUUUUGCACUGGAAAAAGGGCACGAUUUUUGGAGCGAUCGACAUGUAAAGAUGAGCCCAGAUGUUUCGACCAGAGCCACUGACCGUUGACUCCUCAGCUCUCAGCUCUCCCUCGGCAGAACACUGAACUCCGCCGCUAUCAGGAACAAAAAGCUCCCGAUGCCAGGAGGCCUGACCUCCCAACGCACUAGAAUGGCUUCCCCACUGUGGAGGUGUCUGCUGCUGCCCUGCCUGCUGCAGCUCCUUGUGUACACCAACGGCUCCGAGGGUUUCAGCCGUGCUGCCUUGCCCUUCGGGCUGGUCAGGCGGGAGCUCUCGUGCGAGGGCUACGCCAUCGAGCUGCGCUGCCCAGGAAGCGACGUCAUCAUGAUCGAGACGGCCAACUACGGCCGCACCGACGACAAGAUCUGCGACGCCGACCCCUUCCAGAUGGAGAACGUCCAGUGCUACCUCCCCGACGCCUACAAGAUCAUAUCGCAGAGGUGCAACAACCGUACCCAGUGUGUGGUUGUCACGGGCUCCGAUGUGUUUCCGGACCCAUGCCCCGGCACCUACAAGUACUUAGAGGUCCAGUAUGAGUGUGUUCCUUAUAUCUUUAUCUGCCCUGGCACGCUGAAGGGCAUCGGAGCGCCCACCUUCGUCUUCGAAGCCGAGCAGCAGGCGGGCGCCUGGUGCAAGGACCCCCUGCAGGCGGCCGAGAAGGUGUUCUUCAUGCCCUGGACGCCGUACCGCACGGACACGCUCAUCGAGUACGCCUCGCUGGACGACUUCAAGAGCGGCCGGCAGACCACCACCUACAAGCUGCCGCACCGCGUGGACGGCACGGGCUUCGUGGCCUACGACGGCGCCAUCUUCUUCAACAAGGAGCGCACGCGCAACAUCGUCAAGUUCGACCUGCGCACGCGCAUCAAGAGCGGCGAGGCCAUCGUCAACAACGCCAACUACCACGACACCUCGCCGUACCGCUGGGGCGGCAAGACGGACAUCGACCUGGCGGUGGACGAGCGGGGCCUCUGGGUGAUCUACGCCACGGAGCAGAACAACGGCCGCAUGGUGGUGAGCCAGCUCAACCCGUACACACUGCGCUUCGAGGCCACGUGGGAGACGGCGUACGACAAGCGCUCGGCGUCCAACGCCUUCAUGGUGUGCGGCGUGCUGCACGUGGUGCGCUCCACCUACGAGGAGAACGAGAGCGAGGCCAGCCGCAGCCACAUCGACUACACCUACAACACCAAGCUGAGCCUGGGCGAGUACACCGACAUCGCCUUCCCCAACCAGUACCAGUACAUCGCCGCCGUGGAUUACAACCCGCGCGACAACCAGCUGUACGUGUGGAAUAACUUCAACGUGCUCCGCUACGACCUGGAGUUCGGCCCCCCGGAUCCGGCGGAAGGUGCAACAACCGUACCCAGUGUGUGGUUGUCACGGGCUCCGAUGUGUUUCCGGACCCAUGCCCCGGCACCUACAAGUACUUAGAGGUCCAGUAUGAGUGUGUUCCUUAUAUCUUUAUCUGCCCUGGCACGCUGAAGGGCAUCGGAGCGCCCACCUUCGUCUUCGAAGCCGAGCAGCAGGCGGGCGCCUGGUGCAAGGACCC